UCUUACGAGGAAGCACAAAUCAAAUAUGUUUGGAAGAAUGAUGAGGACACAUUACGUAAAAGCCCCUCGUUGACAACAUUAAAUGCAUAUUUGAUUAAAAAUCAAACAACGGCCUGUGAUCAAAAUAGUUGGCGAGGGAACUACAGCUGCCUUAGGGUCGAUUUAAUCUUUACCAGAGAUCGUGCGUUCUAUUUUACCACCGUUUUUAUACCUGGCAUUAUAUUGGUGACGUCGUCUUUUAUAACUUUCUGGCUAGAAUGGAAUGCAGUACCUGCUAGAUCAAUGAUAGGAAAUUACAGUUGCCUGCAAGUCGAAAUGACAUUUACCCGUGAUCGUGCAUAUUAUUUUACAACCGUUUUCAUACCUGGUAUUAUAUUGGUCACCUCGUCGUUUAUCACUUUUUGGCUAGAGUGGAAUGCGGUACCUGCACGUGUUAUGAUCGGCGUGACGACAAUGUUGAAUUUCUUUACUACCUCGAAUGGUUUCCGCAGCACCUUGCCUGUUGUGUCAAAUUUGACGGCGAUGAACGUAUGGGAUGGCGUUUGCAUGUGCUUUAUUUACGCCUCUUUACUGGAGUUCGUCUGUGUUAAUUAUGUGGGACGUAAGCGGCCACUACACAACGUCGUCUAUCGCCCCGGGGAAAAUCCCGUAACACAGCGACUUCCAGCAGUACUAAGCAGGAUCGGAGUAAUUCUUGCAAGUCCUUUGGUAAGCCUUUAAUCACCAAUUCAUUUUGCUGAUGAGCAAAUACACUGAAUACAACAAU